CGUCUCACACUGUUCCUUAACUCUGUGGUGGCCGAACUUUAUUUCUCCUCGGUAUUCUACAUAUUCUGCCGCUACGAAACCAUUGGACUUGUCCUCCAUAAACCCCUAACAUCAGCCUCCUCUCCUCUGGCGCUCCCCACCCCCCAGCCCCUCCUGAAAUCAGCAGCGGGGAAACAGCUUUCCUUCCCCGGCCUUGUUACGGAAGAACAGCGCCUGCCCGGACUAGCGUGACGUCCCCUUGCCCACAAAGGGACAGGUGCUGCCCCAGAACAGCUCUGUAAGUACGAUAAUGUUAUUCAGUAUCUGAAUAUCUCCUCUGAAAAGGCACCCGCACUACAUACAAUACCCAAGGAAAAUUGGGAAGAGCCGUUGAAAGUGGAGAUACAAUUUAUAUUGAUGUCCAUCCUCUCAGUGACUGAAAAGCUACAAACUGUCACUGUCUAUUUCUUAGUGAUCAUGAAGUGGAAAAAUGUCUUUGUGACUUGGAAUCCUCAGGAUUUCUGUAACAUUUCCAACCUCGUUCUGCCAGUGGAUACAUUUUGGUCCCCAUAUAUCAUCAUUUAUGAACAAGUGGAUGAAGAGAAAUCGCUCAGCAGGCCCUUUCUGUCCAUCACUCACAAAGGCAUCAUUAGCACAACCCAACAGCACCAGGUGACCAUAACGUGCAACCUGGAGAUGCACAAGUUUCCAUUUGACACCCAGAUGUGCAGCAUAAGCCUCUUCUCAUUUAAUCAUCCAGAAACAGACCUUAUUCUCCGGUCCAAUCAGACCACAGAUGAGGUGAAUAAAAAAAGCAAACUUUAUCACUUGACCAAUGGAGAAUGGAAGUUCACAAACAUAACCAUUAUACCAUACAGACUAGAGGAUGAGGAAGAAGUCUUUACUGGGAUCAUCUAUGAGAUCUCCAUGAAGAGACGACCCAUUUUAUAUGUUUUGAACCUUAUCUUCCCAUCAUGUGCUCUCUUCUUAUUGGAUAUGACUAUUUUGUUCAGCAGCAGCUCUUAUGAGGACAAGAUCAGCUUCCAGCUGUCACUCAUCAUUGGAGAGUCUGUGUUAGCUCUGAUUCUUAAGGACAUUCUUCCCACUUCUUCCGAUGACCCACCCAUAAUAGUGAUGUUUUUCAUAGGUGUCUUUGUCCUAAUGAUUAUGGGCGUAUUGGAGACCUGCCUAUUAAUGCAGCUGAAGAAGAAACCCCUCCACCCUUUCCUCAAGGCUAUGAAACUGCUGAGAUGCCACGAGCGAGCUAGAACAUCAUCCAGAAACUUCCUAAGCAAGCAGGGAGAUUCGCUGACUGAGAUGGCCAUGGGACAAGAGGAGAGGAGGGAUUCAAACCCACUUGGAAAGGGAAAUAUAGAACUACCCAUGCUUACGGGAAGAAUCAAUGCAGAAGGGCAGAGAAGUGGGACACAGGCAGAGCUACAUGAGUAUGAGUCAGCUCUGCUAGUUCUGGAUAAGGUGCUUUGCUGCAGUCAUUUGCUUUUAUCACUUCUGUUUAUCAUCAUCAUUAUUGUACAAUGGAGUGGUUAAAUGUGGGCUAAUUGCCUUUUCUAAUACUUGCUUGCUUCAACCUCCUCCCUAAAAAGGUUUUCCUGCUUCUUAUGCUUGAAUUAAACUGUAUACUGCAUGUCUGAAUAACAGUGCAAGCUCUGCAGGGCAGGAGCCUUGUUCUUGCAAGUGCUUUGUAAAGCAAUGUGUACACCUAGGGCGUCCCAUGAGCAAAUAAGUUACCUGAAUAAAAUACAUUCAUGGAGCCAGUGUUCCAGCUGACAGGGAAUUAUUGGAGUAGGUGUAAGUCAUCUUAGCUGUACCUCUCAAAAGUGCUGAACUACACGUGGAGAUCUGGGGGGAACAAAGCAAACAUGAAAUAACACAAAGGACUAGAUUAGUGCGGGUCUUGAUGGGAUGAGACAGGCUCCUCCAACUGUCAUUGGAGUCCAGGCUACCAGUAUCAACUCAAAGGAGGGAACAGGCCAGGGAGGGCUUCCUACCCUCAACUACAGCCCAGGAUUCAAGUUUAAAGGAAAAUAAUGAGCUCCAGAGGAAAAGGUAUAUUUACCAUAGCAAAAAUCCCAACCAGUUAGUGCUGGUCAAAAGACAUGCUGUCUUACAUAAACAUACCAUGUAUCUGAUUUUUGCAGACCACUGGAAGUGUUUGCCUUAUUAGUACUGCACAUUACUAAUGGGAGACCUGGAUCACCCAGAAAUAACAAAAAGAAAAGGAGUACUUGUGGCACCUUAGAGACUAACAAAUUUAUUUAAGCUUAAGCUUUCAUGAGCUGCAGCUCACUUCACGAAAACUUGUGCUUAAAUAAAUUUGUUAGUCUCAAAGGUGCCAGAAGUCCUCCUUUUCUUUUUGCGAAUACAGACUAACAUGGCUGCUACUCUGAAACCAGAAAUAACAAACGCAAAAAUGGUCACGGCUUUGGCUGAAGGUGAAACCUACCGAGUAGAAUCUUACACUCCUCUCAGAAGGCGCGUGUUGUGAAGCUGCUCUCGUAUUCAUUUACCUACAUUCCCGAAUGCUACACACGACCUUUACUCAAAAGCAGCAUGUCUGCCUGUUCUUUGAUGGGUUCAUGUAACCAGUCCGUAAUAUUCAUCUGGCCGCGCGAUGGAAAAGCCCUCCCACAUCCCUGCCUCUACAGCCAGGGUGGCCCUCUCCUACGCCGUGCUGAGGCAGCAUGGGCUAAUUGCACAGCUGCAUAAGAGGUGCUGAGGCACAAGCCCAUCUGGCACACUGAGGCUGUGGGGGGAAAAAGCUGGUGGAGGUUUGUAAGGUUUGUAAGGUUUUGCCAGGUUUGUAACCAGGUCCAAUGAGUGUCUCAUGAACAGGUUAGAGAGAGAUGCUUGAGCUUGUAAUACAGAAAAGGGCU